GCCCCCCCCCCCUCCCCGGAGAAAGACGCAUGAAACAGGCGAGGACGUCGCUAGCGAGCAGAGAAACGAAAGCAAAAAAGCAACACAUGCUUUUCAAAUCUCCCUCACCCAUGGAGGAGAGGAGACUGCAUGGAACGCUCACCUUCCCCAAACUCAACUUCAUGGCUUCACGUCAAUAUCACGUUUACGUUUUUGUGUCGGGGAGGUAAAGAUUCAUGGCUGCCUGUGUGCUGUGUCGUUUGAGGCCGAGGCUACGCUACCUGUCAGGUUUGAGAAAGGGUUUUUCUCACCGUGUUAUUAGCAAACUUGACAUUGAGCCGGAUGAGCAGGACAAUAGAACGGCCGAAUUGCAACAUCUGGAUGCCCCUCACCUUGAAGUCUACAGGGUCCAUUACAGCCCAUCCUCAUAUCAUCACCCCGUGGGAAAAUCUGCCCUCUCCCAAAGCCCAAGCGAUAUCGAUGACGAAGGGCAGUGUCUCCCCAUCCAUGCUCCUUUGUUCUGGCAACGGAGCAAUCGCUACAGCGUCAGCUCCUCACGGCAUCUUUCCAGUUCCAAAAACACUUUGCUCGACUUGGCCUUCAACAGGGACUCCGAACGCAACACAGGGGUGCCGCUGCACCAACAAAUACACGUGUCACCUGAUGUUAAAGUUGAUACUCGUGCCUUUCUUAAAUGCCGGCCUGAUUAUUCAUCGGUAACACUUGAUAUUUCCCAACGACCUGCCCCCAUCGAAUGGGAACAGGUAGUGCGAUUACUCCAGAAAGCGGCUGUCCUUAAAGGCAGCAUGAAACCAUCUGAUGUUUGUCAUUUGUUUGUGGAGCUCAGCCACGCUAACUCUGACAAGAUACCAUUAGUGAAGACCGACCAAUGCUUCGUCAUGCUGCUUCGGUAUUCCGUGGAGAACCUUCGCCUCUUUUCUCUACCUGAGCUCCUGCACGUGCUGAGGUCAUUGGUGUGGCUGGAAUUGCCACAUAGCCACACAGUCCUUGAGAUGUACGAGGUGGAGCUGAGUCGCCGCGCUGGCAAGAUGACUUUAGACCAGUUGCUGUUGGCAGCCGAUUUGUGGCGCUUAAUUGGCAGGAAGGUGCCUCAAUUCCUAAAACAACUUUAUGACUCGAUCUAUUUGUAUAUGGGACAAAUAGGGCUUCCGGAACUGGUUCAACUGUUUUACAUCAUGGGAGAAGGGAGACAGUGCCCCAAAGUCCUCAUUCAGCCUAUGGAGCAGCUACUCAUGCGACACUUACAACAACUACAGCCGGAGGAGGUUGGCGCUGUCUGCUUGGGCCUCUUCAAAUCCCAAACGUCCCUUUCUGAGGCAGCAGUGAAUCGCCUUGUCGAUAAGGCACACUCUCUUGUUGGGGAUAUGAGUGACUUUGCGAUGGUCAAUGUGCUGAAAUACCUGCGUUUUAGCUACUUGUCUCACAGGGCGUGGAUGGAGGCUAUGACGCAUGAGGUACCACGGCGAGCUCAAGGGAUGGGCGUCAAGGGGCUGAUGCAUGUGGCGCUGGCUUGCUCGGCAUUGCAUUACCGGAGUGACCGCAUCCUCGUCGCAAUCACUGAGAGAAUUCCAUCGCUGGUGCCACACUGCCGGAGUAAAGACUCAUGUAAGCUCUUGUGGGCCUUCGGCACCUUAGGGUUCCUCCCUGCUCGGAGCCCGAGCUUUUACCAGAGUCUCACCGAGGCUCUUCGACAGAGGAAGGCCGAAUUCCUCCGCUACCCAGAACAUCUGCUCACUGGUCUUCUCGGCCUGGCCUUUGUCUCGCAGUUUCCAGAGGACCUGAUCGAGUUAGCCUUGAGCCCGGACUUUGUCAGCUUAGCGCUUAAGUCAACGCAAUUAGAGCUGAAAAAAGACUUGUUCACCUUGGAUGGAGCCGUGGCUUUGGAGUUGCCUCAGUGGACCGGUCCUCGGCUGAGCUGUGAACUGAGAGAAGAGGUGAAACAAAUGUUGUGGAAGUAUGCCCAAUCGGACAUCUGCCAGAAGCUCGAGGUCAAAGAAGCAGAGGCUGCACUUCAAGAAUUGCUGGGAGGAGAGAAAUUUGUCUGUAAAAGAAUGAUCCUGCCCCACAUGCGAACAAUCGACCUUGAAGUGCACCUAGACGCUACUGGUCAGCCAGUUCCCGUCAUCCCAGAAUCUCCAACAGCAGUUCAGGACAGUACUCCCGGAUUUGCUUUAAAGCAGGAUUUGAGGGGAAUAAACAUAGGAGUGAGUGUGACUGAUGAUCUCAUAGCAAAGCUUACAAAUGCCAAAAACCUCCCAGGUCCAACAAUCGCACCUCCUGAAGUUCAAACGCUUUCUUUUGUGAAUCCAGAUGAAGGAGAAACAUUGUUUAAGACUGGGCUAAAGCUGACAAGUACCAUCGCUGAAAUGAUUACCACUCCUAGCAGCCACAGAUCAUCUGCAGCCUCGGACACCAUCAUUAAACUUGCCAUCCAGGUCUCCAGCAGGAACCACUACUGCCACCAGUCACAGCAUCUACUGGGCCUUCACGCCAUGAAGAGGAGGCAACUGAGGUUGGCGGGUUACAAGGUUGUAGAGCUAUGCUAUCAUGAGUGGAUUUCCAUGUUGAGGAAAAGCAGGACCGAAAAGAUGGCCUACCUUCAUUGCAAGCUGUACAACAGCCUGGAAGCUUGACCUCACACAGCUGCUGGAGUUGAAAAGAAUAGGAUGCUUUACAGAGAUUUACAGAUUUGUCAAGCGUGUUGAUUAACGAGUAUGUGCUGAGCACAGCAAAAAGCGAUGUGAUUUUUGUGUACGUCGUAUGUCAAAAUAAAAUGUGACAUGUCCCAAAGUUUGUUAAACAAAAAAAAUCUAUCUUGUCAUUGUCUUUGCCCACACACUGUCAUGAGUCAAAUGUAUUUCUUACGUGUAGAGUGCCGUGCAACAGUAUUCACCCCCUUGUCUCUUUAC